AUGGCGCCUAAGGAGAAGAAGACUAAAGAGCAGAUCGCCGCCGCGGCCGCGGCCGGCAGCCGAAAGAACAAGAAGAAGUGGUCAAAGGGCAAGAGCAAGGACAAGCUGAACCACGCCGUUCUGUUUGACAAGGCAACUUACGACAAGUUGCUCUCUGAAAUCCCCAAGGCGCGCCUGAUCACCCCGCACACCGUGUGCGAAAGGCUGAAGGUGAACGCUUCCCUGGCUCGCCAGGCGAUCCGCUUCCUCCGCGAUCAGGGUCUGAUUAAGAUCGUCGGUGAGCAUCACCACUCGCAGUACAUCUACACUCGCAACACCAGCGCCUAA